AAGUACUGCUUCACGAACGUUUGGAGCAAAGCAAUCUGCCGACUGUGCCAUGAAUGUGUGAGCGUCUUUAAGGAGUACACUUGAAAAAGACAUCACUAAAUAAAACACGUGGAUUUCGGGAACAAUUUAACGAACGAAGAGAGAAAAGGAAAAUGCCAGGAGUUGGUUAACAAUUGAUCGAAGCAUAAAACGGUGUUCAGCCAACAGUCUUUAAGCCAAGAUGGCGCAACCGAAGCCAGUUAUGAUGCUGUCCCAUAAGAUUGUCAAACGUAACAAGUCUUUUUCUGACGGCGAGUUCAUCAAGAAAUGCUUGUCAGAUGCAGCGAACAUCAUGUCUCCAGAACAGAAAACAAAGUUUGUCAGCAUUUCUUCAUCAAGAAGAACUGUGGUCGGGCGUGCUGAAAAUAUAAGUGACAAUUUGAUGCAUCAACUUUGA